CCUUGCCCCUUAUCUCUCUCUUUCUCUCGCUAUGGCCACUGUUUUCAGAACCCCCACUUUCCGGCCUCCGCCUCCGCCUCCGCCGCGCGCUGCCAAGUCGCCGAAGCCCUCGCGCUUCACCGUCGCGUCUUUCGGACAGAGCACCACCUGCAGGAGAAAACCCCCCUCGCUCCUCUCCUCCCUGCGGUUCCCUACUGUUCCCUCUCCACGGUUCGUCAGGUUCGUUCCCUUCGCUUUCGAUGGCGACACCGAGGCCCCGCAAGUUCAGGAACCGGAGGUUCAGGUUCUGGACCCUUCAGAUGGUGCUGUUGGUGUAAAUGAUAGUGCAAGUGAUAAUGAGGUUAGCGAUGCUGAUGAAACAUUUGCUUCACCUUUCUUAGUGAUACUUCAAUCGUACAGAGAAGCAUUGGCUAAUAAUGACGAAGUCAAAAUUGCUGAGUUGGAAUCGUCAUUAAAAUCCAUUGAAGAUGAGAAAAUAGAACUUGAAGGGAAAAUAGCUUCUUUAUCAGAGGAGUUAUCAAUAGAAAAGGAUCGGAUUCUAAGGAUUAGUGCAGACUUUGACAAUUUUCGGAAGAGGACAGAGAGAGAUCGCCUUUCAUUGGUCACAAAUGCUCAGGGUGAAGUUGUGGAGAGUUUGUUGCCUGUGUUGGAUAAUUUUGAGAGAGCAAAAACCCAGAUAAAGGUGGAGACAGAGGGAGAGGAGAAAAUAAACAACAGCUAUCAGAGCAUAUAUAAACAAUUCAAUGAAAUUCUAACUUCACUUGGAGUUGAACCAGUGGAGACAGUUGGAACACCCUUUGAUCCAUUGCUACACGAAGCAAUUAUGCGUGAGGAUUCUGAUGAAUUUGAAGAUGGCAUCAUAAUUCAAGAAUUCAGAAAGGGUUUUAAACUUGGUGACCGUCUCUUGCGUCCAUCAAUGGUAAAGGUAUCAGCUGGUCCUGGACCUGCAAAGCCUGAACAAGAAGCACCGCAAGAAGAGCAAGUCAACACUGAAAUUUCUGAGGACAGUAAAGAAAAUGAGGGCAGCACAGAAACAGAGUCUUCUUGAGAGGUCAUAACUUUUUGCCUGAUUUCAGUUUUGCAAUAAUAUAUUAAUUUUAAUCUCCAGGAACAUAAUGUUGGCUGUAAGAGUCUCCCAGGAGAUAUUCCUCCCAAAUUUCCCUUAAAAAUAAAGUUAGUAUUAUGUGAUUUUGAAUUAUAUUUUUAGAUUUUUAUGUCCUUGCAUGGCUUUCAUAGAGAUGACUGAGUUUUCAGAGGUACCAUUUUCCUGAAAGGAAGAGUAAGUUGCAAUGUUCAAGUGCUCGGCACCUGGAAUCAGAAGUAUUGUAGUGUGAGCAUUUUAAUUAUUUGAUUAAAGGUUUUAUGAUGACAAAUUAUUUUUCAUCUUAAUGCAUAAUGUAUCCUUUGGUCGGGCGA